CCACUUUCACUGGUAUAAAUAGGAGUCUCCGCUCGCACAGAUGAAAGUGAGCAAAGACUACUCUCAAGAAUAUGGCUAUCCAGCAUCGCCUACUUCUCUUCCUCACUUUGGCAGCAAAUGCACAUGCAGCCUUGUCUGGAGACGAAAUCAUCAAUGGGAAGAAAGCUGCAGAUGGCUCCUUGGAAUACAUGGCAUCGGUGCAGAUCAAUGGCACCCAUAGCUGUGGAGGAUUCCUCAUUGACCCCAACUUUGUUCUUACGGCUGCACACUGUGACAACGGUGGUGAGAUGACUGUUGUACUUGGCACACAUAGCCUGAAGAGAAAUGUUAAAAAACGCAAAGUGGACAUCAAGAUUAAGCAUGGAUCGUACAAAAGCUUAAUGACUGGAAAUGACAUAAUGUUAUUAAAGUUAUACAAACCAGUGGAAUUAGGCAAAAGGGUGAAAGUAGUUAAUAUUCCAAGAGACGACACACCAGUUAAGCAACCCAACGAGUGCUUAGUUGCUGGUUGGGGUUUCACUGAAAACAAAAACAAGAAGGUAUCAGAUGAUCUGCAGGUUGUAAACGUCAAGACCAUUGACACAGAGGACUGCAAAAAAGAGUGGAAGGUAGUAAGGGUGACUCUGCCAGACAAGAUCAUGUGUGCUGGAGGAUAUGAGGAAAAGGAAGGCGCCUGCCAGGGUGAUUCAGGGGGACCACUGGUGUGUGACAAUGUAGCAGUUGGCAUUGUUUCAUUCAACCUACAUAAUGACUGUAACUAUCCUAAUGCUCCCAAUGUCUACACUCAGAUCUCAAAAUUCUUGCCCUGGAUUAACGAAACCAUUGAAGCCCAUUCUUGAAGUUACAGAUCCAGGAUUCUGACAAAAAAGUUGUUUGAUACUUAAACUCAACAGGCAGUUAAAUUACAACACCCUUCCUGACAUCCCUUCUGUGUGUCAUGUAUCCCACUAAAUUCUCUAUCAUCUCUCUGGGCAUUCAACUGUUCACAAAUAUGUCAAAUGAUGUAGAAAAGCUCACCAUGAGUGAAAGUUUCUUAGACUUCCAAUAAAAUGCUUA